CAUCUCCAUUUCCAUUAUCAUCAAUCUUUUUCAUUUCCAAUUUCCAUUAAUCUUUCUCACGAUUCUUCAAGAAUUAAUAAUGGCUGGACAAAUUCCAUUCAGUAUCUUAGAACAAGUAUUAACAAAGCUGGGGUCGCUUGCUUUCCAAGAAAUUGGAUUGGUCUGCUGUGCCAGAGAUGAUCUAAAGAAGCUUGGAAAUUCUCUCUCCACUGUAAAAGCUGUACUUGUAGAUGCUGAGGAGAAGCAAGAGCAGAGCCAUGCUGUACAAAUUUGGAUAAGGAGGCUUCAAGAUAUUGUGUAUGAAGCGGAGGAAUUGGUAGAUGAGAUGGCAACUCAUGACUUGAGGGGGAUGGUGCAAGGCCAAAGGAAAGUCGCAACACAGGUAUUGGACUUCUUUUCCUCCUCAAAUCAGAUUUGGUUUCGUCUCAAGGUGGGCCAUAGAAUUAAGGACAUUAGGGAGAAGUUAAAAGAGGUGGAAAAUGAAAUUUCUAGCCUCAAUUUAGAGAAGAAAAUAAUAAUAGAUGUGAGAGAUAAAAGUAGUGGAAGGAAGACAUCCUCUGUACUGAAACCUGAUAUAAUAGGCAGGGAAAAAGAUAAGGAGAAAAUGACUUUGUCAUUGUUGAAUCCAACUAGUAGUCAAGGAAGUGUUUCUGUGAAUGCUAUUGUUGGCAUUGGGGGCUUAGGAAAGACUGCACUUGCCCAGUUAGUGUAUAAUGAUGAAAAGGUUAAAAAUUACUUUGAGAAGAAGAUGUGGGUAUGUGUUUCUGAGGAAUUUGAGGUGAAAUUGCUAGUUAAGAAGAUCCUUGGAAGUGCAACUAAUAGUGAAGUUCUUAAUUUAGAACUAGAAGAAGUGCAUAUUCGUCUUAAAGGGAAUUUAGAAGGGAAGAGGUAUUUGUUGGUGUUAGAUGAUGUAUGGAAUGAUGAUCAGAAAAAAUGGGAUGAUUUGAAAGCUUACUUGUUGGUGGGUGCCCCAGGAAGUAAAAUUUUAGUCACCACUCGUUGUACAAGAGUUGCAUCAGUCAUGGGUGUGGAUACCCAUAUGUUUUGCAAGGUCUAG